AUGCAUUUAAAAUAUAUAUUUUGAAGCAAAAUUUGUCUAAUAAAUUUUAAUCAUAAAUAUCGGCCUAAAAAUUUAAAAUUUGUAAAAUUGUCAAACAGCCCUUUUUAUCUCGUUUACAAAUCUACUAUAAUGUUUCAAACUCCUCAAGAUUCUAAACACAAACCAAAAUACAACUUUUCUGAAACUUCCCAAAAACAGCGAACUUCAUGCAGAACUAUUUUUAAGUCUAAAAGAAUUUCAAAAAAACCUUUUCGAAAGCGAUUUUCAUUAGAAGAUUCAAAUGAAGUUAUCGAAAAAGACCAAGCCAAAGCAGCGACCACCCCAAUUUCAUCAAAAAUAAACAAAAAUAUUCCCAGAAGCUCCUUGCCACCAAUGAAAAACGUGGAUUCAGUAUUUACCAAAGUUGGAGAAUGCAGCAAAUUAUCCUUUAUAAACACACCUUUUAAAACAUAUGGCAAAAGAAAAAGAAGCGAAAUUGAGACUGUAGAAAUAAAAAAUGCAAAAAAAGAACUUAGACCAGUCACAAAAAUCGUAACGGAGCUCUAUGAUCCGAAGCUGGAAAGGUCUGAUUAUUAUAAAUGCUUGAGAGAAGGAGAAGUUAGCAGUGUGAAGUUGAAGGUUGUAGGCUCAGAUUUAGGAAUUGAUGAAGACUGCUUGACCGAUGAUGAACAAAUUUUAAAUUGCAGGCUGCCUUUGUCAUCUCAACUCGUUGAAGCUAUUUUCAAUGUAAAUGUUGAGGUUCAAUAA